CUCUUUUUUCCCAAGCGGCUCGUUGCCAACCACACCGAAAACCUCCCAUCAGAUUCAAUUGACUGCGUCUCUUGACCCUCGCGAACCCCCGAGUCGUCAGGGACCACCGGAACCACUCCACUCAGUUCUUUUUCGUCCUCUAAUCUUCGCACACAUACAUAAUGGCCAGCUCCGCGACAGAAGCCGGCAAGGUUGAGCUUGCCGCUCCCAAGGCCCAGCUCAGCGGCCUUCAGCUCUACUCCCGGUUCGCCCUCGCCGGUGCCGUCUGCUGCUCCGUCACCCACGGCGCCCUGACGCCCGUUGACGUCGUCAAGACCCGCAUCCAACUCGACCCCGUCACCUACAACAAUGGCAUGAUCGGCGGCUUCAAGAAGGUCGUCCAGAACGAGGGCGCUGCCGCCCUGCUCACCGGUGUCGGUCCCACCUUCGCCGGCUACUUCCUCCAGGGCGCCUUCAAGUUCGGUGGCUAUGAGUUCUUCAAGCAGCAGUCCAUCAACCUCCUCGGCUACGAGACUGCAUCCAACUACCGGACCGGUGUCUACCUCGCCUCGUCCGCCGCCGCCGAGUUCUUCGCCGAUAUCGCACUCUGCCCUCUGGAGGCCACCCGUAUCCGUCUCGUCUCGGAACCGACCUAUGCCAGCGGCCUUAUCAGCGGCUUCGGCAAGAUGCUGACGACUGAGGGUGUCGGCGCUUUCUACGCCGGUUUCGGCCCCAUCCUCUUCAAGCAGAUCCCGUACACCAUGGCCAAGUUCGUCGUCUACGAAAAGGUCGCCGAGGCCAUCUACCGCGUCUUCCCCAAGAAGAACAUGUCGGACGGUCUCCAGACCACCGUCAACCUGGGCAGCGGUCUUGCCGCUGGUUUCGCUGCCGCCAUUGUUUCUCAGCCCGCCGACACCAUGCUCAGCAAGAUCAACAAGACCAAGGGUCUCCCCGGCGAGAGCACUACCUCCCGUCUGAUCAAGAUCGCCAAGGAACUGGGCUUCAAGGGCUCCUACACCGGCAUCGGUGCCCGUCUCUUCAUGGUCGGCAGUCUGACUGCCUUCCAGUUUGCCAUCUACGGCGACCUCAAGAAGAUGCUUGGUGCCACCGGUGGCGUGGAGAUCAGCAAAUAAACGCCGUCACGGACUGGUUGCUCCGUGUAGAUGGUGCGGACGGGGUCGGGGGUUUGAUCUGAAGCGGUUGUGGGGGUGUAAUGGUGGACUGGACAGAGCUGGAGGACGACACAUUUUGCGAGCCCUUUUUGGCUUGCUCGCCUGAGACAACAAAACGACACGGCGGAAGCAUCUCGGGACAUGUUGCCGGGGAAAAAUGAUCCUUUUCUUUUGUCUGCGAACUCUGGGGCGGGAUUUGGUUCUGUUUUCGUCUUGGGCGACACAUGCUUCUCACACACAUACUAGAGCAUAGAGCGCUUGGGCAAAAGCGCGCGUCCUGCCAGAAGGGUUGGCUGUAUAAUAGUCCAAGAUUCCUCCUGAUAGAGAGCAAGUUGCUGCUGCGGCUGGUUGUGGGAUGCAUGGUCAGAAUUACAGCGAUGCUUCGCAUCCAUGAUACGUUAGAACGCUUCGAUGCCUCUAAAUACAUGCCAACCGACAAAAGGCCUUUCUAGCUUUGG